CUCCCCCGUCCCUCCCGCCACCCACCACUCACAGUCGCCUAUUAGCCGCCGACGUGCCAAUACUUCCCAAACAACCAACCCACGCCGGCGAUAACGGCGAAUCACAGCCUCUACAGCUUGUACUUCGCUCACAUCUUCACUUCUUCAAGGGGAUAGACCCAGCAUUUUCAUGUACGAUUCACCGACCAAGCACACUGUGCCAUCCUGUCGCAUUUUACAUGCGUAAAGUACCACAGCACGCUGCACUCUCCGGACAGUACACACCACUCCCGGCCAUGGCGUGCGCUCCCCAUGCAUUUAGUGCAGGGGACCGUCCCUGGGUCAUCCCUGGGAUCCCCUGAGAAUUCCACUCCAUACACCCCCAUACACCCCCAUACACCCCAAUCGUGCUCCCCGUGCUGCAUGAAGUGUGCAUACCACGGGCAGUCCCAGGCCAAUCGCACCUGAUGCGGCCAAUAUAGUUCGCUCUGUGAUGCCAGAAGAUAAUGCAGAGCCGGGGAGGGGCCCACGCCCAACCCGUUUCCAAGACAUGACCACUUCCCUUGGAAAACAAGGUGGAGUCUCUUCUGGCUGUCAGGGAGAGGACCGAGCCUCGUCUACUGUAAUAUGGCAACCUCCAUGAUUGCCUGCAUAUCAGCGUUUUUAUAGCCAGAGCUUGUUGGCCACAAGCUUGUUACCUAAUCCACGUCGCGCCUCUUGCCUCUCCUCCCUAUAUGGCCGCCGAACUGGUCGCCUCAACCUAUUUCUCGUCGUGGCCCGUAUCUGCUGCACUCUCAUCGCCAAGUGCCUGUGGCGCGCGACAAAACCCCAAGCUCUAUUGUGAUAGCCGCGCCUGAUGCAACUCGCCCCGUGAAGUCGCAGCAGCAGCACCAGCUUGAGCUUCCCCCUCCCGUGCUCACCCUCAGCCUGCUACGCGCGCGACAAUGAGCAGCCUCGCCGAAGCCUCCCAACGGCGCCGCCAGAAUCUCAACCCCCUCGCGACGCAGCUGGGCCCGCCGCAGCCGCAGUUCCAGGCCCCGAACUCUGCAGUCAGUUUGAGCUCGCCCUUUCACCACCAGACGCCUUAUACACCUGCCAGCGGUGUGAGGCAGUACAAUCCGCAGCAAUGGGGUGGUGCCCAGACGGGGUAUUCGCCUGAUAAUGGGCGGUAUUCACCGUCUCCUUCAGAUGUGGUUAUGGCUCCUGCCCCUCCACCUUACUCGCCGCCUCGAAGCCAUAACAGUGCGACUAGUUUCUCCCCGUUGGACUCGGCCACCUCGGCGUCACCGCUAAAUCGUGGUAGCCCUGGGGGCGCCGCGUACAGACCUUCACCAGAAGUGCCCGCGGCUGCCUUCCCACCUCCUCCUCCGACAUCGCGAACAAGAUCGAGGGAUAGGACACAGCCGCUGCUCAGCCAUCUUGGAAAUGUCUUCCACCGCAAGCCUACAACACCAGAAGUGCCAGAGCCGUCAAGGCAGCGCGCAUCGAUAGAUAUAAGCAGAGACCAGCCGUCAUCGUCUAGGACCCGGGGGUCGGUUGAUAUAAGAGACCAACCAUCGUCAUCGCACAGGCCCCCACCACUUAAUUUGGAGCCGUCUACAGAGGCAUUCCCCGUCAUAGUUGCUGAGCAAAGGCCGCCAGCUUCCAGGCGCGCGGUAUCAGCAAGCGCAAUCGGAACUCCCACAGGCCCCAGUUCCCGCUCGCGCAAUUCGUCGACGUCGAGAUGGGCACCUGGCAUGCCACUACCACCUCCUCCGCCAGGGCCACCCCCGCAGUCGGGUUCCAGGUCACAAAGUCUGUCACGUCCAGAGGGUGUUGACCCGAUUGUGUCCCCGCCGACGCGCAGACCAGCUCCUAUUUCUACACUAGGCCCUGUUCCCCCCACUCCUGCGGGCUGGGUAGACAGCCCGCGAGUGGUGCCAGGCGCACCACGACCGCGGUCACCACUCCCUCCGGGAGCGCUACAUCUCGACACAUCGAGUGUCAGCUCGAGCGGCCACACAGAGUCGAAUUCUGGCUCCAGCUCGUCCGGAUUAACAAGAGCGCAUGCGGUUCGAGGCGAACCAAAGAGCAUUCGCGAGCGGAGGAGCGAGAGUAGAUCGGGCAAAGCUGUUGCGAUUGAAGAGCCUUCGAACAAUCCCUGGGCAGAAGCCAUUACACCCGCUGAUAUUAUGGUGCCGCCUAUGACUGUGCUUGGCAGGCGCCCAGAAAUUGCAAAAUCGAACCCCUCCAGCGCACGCUCCUUCCAGAACCAGGAUACCCCGAACUCAUCGAGAACACCCAACUACCAAAGCCAGAAUACGCCGAAUUCGUCGCGGACACUCAGCCAUGUUACGCCUCGGUUGGCGGAUAUCCAGCAGCCCGAGUCUCGUGGCUCGACGCCCAGGCCAUUGAACUCUGCAAGUCGCACUGAGGCGCCUACGCCGCCGUUCUCGCCCGCACAGUAUCCAUCACGGAACUCGUAUCAAGGCCACAACCCGAAUAUACCACCCAAGUCUCUCCCAACUCCUCCGCCGAUCUCUCGCCGUCGCGCGGACAGCUCGCCUCGACCGAUCUCGCACAUCUUACACACGCCAUUGAAGGACCAGGGUAUGCCGGUCCCAUUAUCACCGAAGCGCGCACCGUCUCGUCAGUCACCGUCGCCAGCAGCUGGGAGUUUCAGCAGCGCAGCGCUGCAGAGGCAUGAGCAGUUCAUCCUGCGCGAGGCGUCAGCAAACACGGACGAGGAGCGCAUCCGCCUCUUUGCCGAUUUUAUCGUUUCAGAAUCGCGGAUUCGGCGAGAAUUAUACACCUCAGCCAUUGAUGCAAUGGGCUCGGAGGUGCUAGAGCUGACACGGGACUUGUUCCGACCAUAUACGCACUCGAAACGGAGCUCAUUCGGUUCGCACACCAGUACUGCAGAACAUAAGGGGCUCAGCGGUCUGCCACCGCUGCAGACUGGACCGAUUGAUUCGGCGCCGUCGUCGGCGUCGAGUAUGGGUUCUGCGGGACCGGGGUCGAGGCCGGAAUCAACGUGGUGGACGGGGUAUAUGCCGUCGCUGUCGCCGAUUCCUAGUAUGAGCGCGAGUCAAGCUCAGGAGGAGUCAAGCUCCAGGGGCAGACCGUCGAGUAGGUGGUGGGAAGUUGGGCAAUCUGGUUCGGGAGGGUCGCCAACAGUGCUGGAGCGGUCGAAGAGGGAGUCAAAGUACAUGGGAAUGCCGCGAGAGCUUCGCGAGUCGCUACAAUGGGAGGGGAACGGAAACUCGACACCCUCGCAGCUACCCCAGUCAUCUCCAAAAGCAGGCCCUAGUAACUACGCCUCCUACGGCCCCGACGAAUACCCCCCCGAGAAAACAGGCUGGCACGAUGAAGGCCCCAUCUCCCCCCCCCACAAAACCCCCACAAACCACUUCAACCACUCCCCCGCCCCUCCCACCCCCAACCCCCGGCACCUCGACGUCUCGCGCCUCGUCACCCUCCCGCCUCCCUACCCCCGCCACCACCCCGCCGUCAACAACAACCACCCCGACCUAACCGAGAUCCGCACCACCGUCCGGCAACUCAGCAAAUUCACCGACGUCGAAGCCACAAAAGCCACUUUCCUCACCGACGACGAACAGGCGCGCCACACCGCCUCCGCAGCAGCUACACAGCGCCGACAAGCCCUCCGCGCUACCAUCGCGCGCGAUAUCGAGGCCGGGAGUAUGACGUAUGCUGAUGCUGCGAAGGCAGAAUCUGAUGCAGCGGCAGCAGAGAACGAGCACACGAAAGCAACAUCCAAAGCCUCAUUCGAGCGCUUCCAAACCGCCGUCGUAGCGCCCGUGAAUGAUUUGCUAAUGGAGCGCGUGCACACCUGCACCACGCUCUUUGAGCAGCUCCGCAGCCAGCUCUUCGACGACGCGCGCGCGCAGGAUCCGACGGCCACGCAGGAAGAGGGGGAUGAGCAGCCUGAGUUGUUGGAGAAAUUGACGUUGUUGAAAUGGAUUUUUGAGGCACGGGAGCAGUUGCAUGCGGAGCUUUAUGAUUUGUUGUCGGAUCGGAAUGAUCGGUAUAGGGAUAUGGUUAUUGAACCUUACCGGCUGGCGGGGCGGGAGGAUAAGGUCGUGGGCGCGGAACGCUUUUUUGCUGAUGAUGCCGGGAAGAGGAGGGUGGAGUUCGCGCAGGGGGCGUUGGGGAGGACGAUGGAGUUUAUGGAUGUUGUGGAGGCGAAUGUGGUGAGGGGGGUGGAGGUGCAGCUCAGUGCCUUCUGGGACAUUGCGCCGGGGUUGAGGAGUAUACUGGAUAAGAUCCCUGGGAUUGUCACGAGGGAGUUCCGCGUGCAGAUCCCGGCCGGGGAAUACGAUGAAAACCCCGCCUACCACGAGUGGCCGAUGCAGUACCUCUACAGCCUUCUCGAGCACGGUGGUCGAAGCACAUACCAGUUCAUCGAGAGCCAGACGAACCUCCUCUGCCUGUUACACGAGGUGAAGACGGCUGUUACGGCAGCUCGAGCGCGUGCGCAGGAGAGCGAGCGUGUGGCGGGCGGGGAGGAGGCGGAGGUUGUGAGGGGGGAGGUGGAGCAGGAGACGGAGGCGGAGGGGAGGACGUUGACGGAUGAUUUGAAGGAGAAGGUUAGGUGUGUGGAGGAGCAGUGGGAGAGUGCGUUGGGGGGGGAGCUGGGGCAGGUGAGGGGGAGGGUGAGGGCGUUUUUGGAGAUGGAGGGGGGGUGGGAGGGGAUGGAGGAGGCGGCGUAG